AUUGGCUCCUCAUUGCAAAGACAACGAGUUUUACUCUGACUACAUAUUAACUUGCUCCCGCCCCUUCACCGAGCUGCUGUUAGAAGAUAAGUGAGAGUGAAGUGUGGUGAAGUUCAGGAGCUGAGAGGCAACGAGAAUAACAGAGUUCGGAUCUUGAUACAACUUUUGUCAGUUAAAGGGAAACUGAGAUCCAGGACGGUGAGAUGGCGCAGAGAGAAUUUCAGCUGGAGCAGGAAACAUUCUGCUGUUCGAUCUGUCUGGAUCCACUGAAGGAUCCGGUGACUACUGGCUGUGGACACAGCUACUGUAUGAGCUGUAUUAACAACCACUGGGACAAAGAGGAUGAGAGAGGAAGCUACAGCUGCCCUCAGUGUAGACAGACCUUCACACCGAGGCCUGUCCUGGGGAAAAGCACCAUGUUAGCUGAUUUAGUGGAGGAGCUGAAGAAGACUGGACUCCAAGCUGCUCCUGCUGAUCACUGCAAUGCUGGGCCUGAAGAUGUGGCCUGUGAUGUCUGCACUGGGAGAACACUGAAAGCUCUCAAGUCCUGUUUGGUUUGUUUGGCCUCUUAUUGUGAAAAACACCUCCAGCCUCAUCUUCAGUCAGCUCCAUUGAAGAAGCACAAGCUGGUGGAGCCCUCGGAGAAGCUCCAGGAGAACAUCUGCUCUCGUCACGAUGAGGUGAUGAAGAUGUUCUGCCGCACUGAUCAGCAGUGUAUCUGUUAUCUCUGCUCUGUGGAUGAACAUAAAGACCACGACACAGUGUCAGCUGCAGCAGAAAGGACUGAGAAGCAGAGAGAGCUCGGGCUGAGGAGACAAACAAUCCAGCAGAGACUCCAGGACAGAGAGAAAGAUGUGAAGCUGCUUCAACAGGAGGAGGAGGCCGUCAAUGGCUCUGCUGAUAAAGCAGUGAAGGACUGUGAGAAGAUCCUCACUGAGCUGAUCCGUCUGCUGGAGAAAAGAAGCUCUGAUGUGAAGCAGCAGAUCAGAUCCCAGCAGGAAACUGAAGUGAGUCGAGUCAGAGAGCUUCAGGAGAGACUGGAGCAGGAGAUCACUGAGCUGAAGAGGAAAGACCAUGAACUGAAGCAACUCGCAGACACAGAGGAUCACAACCAGUUUCUACACAACUACCCCUCACUGUCACCACUCAGUGAAUCUACACACUCAUCCAGCUUCAGGAUCCGUCCUCUGAGGUACUUUGAGGACGUGACAGCAGCUGUGUCACAGGUCAGAGGUCGACUACAGGACAUUCUGAGUGAGACAGAGACAAAGAUUUUACAGAUUGUGUCUCAAGUGGAUGUUUUACUGCCACAACCAGAGCCCAAGACCAGAGCUGACUUCUUAAAAUAUUCACAGGAAAUCACACUGGAUCCAAACACAGUAAACAAACAUCUGUUAUUAUCUGAGGGAAACAGAAAAGUAACAUUAAUGAGUAAGAAACAGUCUUAUUCUAAUCACCCAGACAGAUUCACUGGUUGUUGUCAGGUCCUGAGUAGAGAGAGUCUGACUGGACGUUGUUACUGGGAGGUGGAGGUGGAGGUGGUGGUGAUAGGAGGAGUUGGUGUAGCAGUCACAUACAAGAAUAUCAGCAGAGCAGGAGACUCAGAUGAAUGUAGAUUUGGAUCAAAUGAUAAAUCUUGGUCAUUAUAUUGUAAUGCAAACAGUUAUUACUUUCAUUACAACAGCAUCAGGACUCCAGUGUCAGGUCCUCGGUCCUCCAGAGUAGGAGUGUACCUGGAUCACAGUGCAGGUGUUCUGUCCUUCUACAGAGUCACUGACACCAUGACUCUCCUCCACAGAGUCCAGGCCACAUUCACUCAGCCUCUCUAUGCUGGAGUUGGGGUUUGUUAUGGAUCCACAGCUGAGUUCUGUAAACUCAAAUAG